AUGCGCUGUGAGUAUUGUUCAGAGCAACACAAAUUGUGUUUUUGUAAAAGGUUUGCUGGUGAAGAUAUCGCAACAAGGCGUGACUUUGUGGGCAAGAAUUCAAUUUGCGUGAACUGUUUAGGCAGCAAUCACAUAUCUUCUCAGUGCAAAAAUCCUGGAUCCUGCAGGAUUUGUAAAUUGCGUCACCAUUCCCUUUUGCAUCAAGAGAUCGAGAGCACAGCUUCCAGUUCAACGGCAGAAAAACCUGUUGAGAGUACUAGCACUUUAACUAAUACUCCACCAAUAGUUUCAUGUCUUUCAACUCAAAGGAUUUCCAGUUGCGGUCAGGUUUUACUUCCUACAGCAUUAAUAAACACCGAGUCUGAAGCUGGUAAGGAUCAUAUCCUCAGAGUUUUGUUAGAUCAAGGAUCGCAGGCCAGUUUUAUAACUGAGGCUGCAGUCCAGCUGUUGCGUCUUAAGAAGACUCCUGUAAGCGGAAUGAUUACUGGACUUGGAGGAAACAAAGCCAUACGAUCAAAAUAUGUAGUUACCAUCAAAUUAAGAUCAAGGACAAACCAGGACAACAACAUACAGGUCACAGCUUACGUGCUGAAGAACAUAACUACGUUUUUACCGGAACGUCAAGUGCAUAACAUGGACUGGACAGAAUUUAAGAACUUACAACUAGCAGAUCCCCAUUUCAACACUUCCAAGGCAAUCGAUUUGCUGUUGGGUGCUGAUAUUUAUAGCCAAAUAGUACAAGAAGGCAUAAAAAAGAGCCGUAAUGGGAAACUUAUAGCACAAAGAACAACAUUAGGGUGGAUUCUGUCUGGCACAGUUAACGAACAAUUUAACAAGAACAACGAGGACACUCCGAAAAUAUCGGUUAUGCAUGCUCAGGUCACUGAAACUAAAAAUUCAAAACGGAUAGAAGUAGAGCAAAAGUUCAAACCAAGAACACCAAAUAAGACAGAUGAAAGUUGCAAUCAGACACGACACCUGAACGUAACCAAAACCCAACUAUCACACAAAAGGCUAUCGAAGAAUUUAGAUCUGAAACAAUUAGAACACAACAGAAAUUUACAAUUAGGCCAUAUAAAAUCUGUAAACAUAAAUGACAGAGAAAAUAAUGAAACUGUCUACUUACCACAUCAUGCAUUCGUAAGAAACGAUAAGACAACCUUAAAAGAGCAAGCUGAAAAAUGGAAUAACAAUAAAGUAGAUAUAUUAACAAGCAUAUAUAAGAAAGAAGAUCACGAGAACAUAGAAAACCACACACAAGAAAACGACAAGCAACAGCAAGACACCUUAAGCAAGAGUAAGCACAAACAGAACACAAUGGAAAAGAACAAACAGAGCAAAAUUAUUAUGAAGAACAAAAAUGAAUAUUAG